AUUGCUCUGCUCCUCUCUCGGAAGCCCGUUCAUCUGGAUGAACCACCUCGUCCGGCCAUCCCGGUCAAGUUGGGAUUCUUCCGGUUCCAAUUUGGCUCUCCCUCUCCCUCUUCAUCCUCGUCGUUUACCGAGUUAUUGACGCAUGUCUCUGAUGAUUGAUAGUUUGUGAAUAAUAGCAAAAAGACGAGUGUAAAAUCUGUAUGCAGUUGCUCACUUUCUCAUAUUGAAUAAAGCAAAAAGCCGAGGUGUAAAAAAAAAGCUAUAUGCUUUAAACUUCUAUCGGGAUGUAAAAUCUUAAUAGGAUCACACACAAUGGUUAUCUCGCGAUUCGUCAAUUUCGCCGGAAAGUGUUUCUCUUUGCCGUUUUCUUCCCGGAGUUCCGUCGGGCAGCAGAGCUUCGGUGUCAAGUCGAUUCAACAUCUUCCAAAGGCUUCGACUUUCGGAUUAUUUCAUGCUAGUUCAAAAGAUGAUGAAACCCUCGCGAACACUCAGCUCAUCCUUCGAGACGCCGAGAAAAUCUGCAAGAUCCUGUCGAAAAGUCGGGAUUCAUGCGUUGGCAAGUUGCUGGACGAGGCUUCUAUUCGAGUGUCGCCGUCGCUGGUGGAGGAAGUAGUUAAGAAACUGAGUAACGCAGGGGUUCUAGCUUUGUCCUUCUUCAGAUGGGCAGAGAAGCAAAAGCGUUUCAAGCACACCACGGAGAGCUACAACGCUCUGAUCGAAGCACUUGGUAAAGUGAAGCAAUUCAAAGUCGUGUGGAGCCUAGUCGAGGACAUGAGACACAGGAAGUUACUGACCAGAGACACGUUCGUACUCAUCUGUAGGCGCUACGCCCGAGCCAGGAAGGUUAAGGAAGCCAUAUCCGCCUUCCUCAAGAUGGAGGAGUUCGGCCUCAACCUGGAAACCUCUGAUUACAACAGACUGCUCGACACCUUGAGCAAGUCCAGACAUGUCGCCAAAGCACACGAGGUGUUCGACGAAAUGAAAAACACAAGGUUCGUGCCUGAUAUCAAGUCCUAUACUAUUUUACUAGAAGGUUGGGGUCAGGAGCAGAACAUGUUGAGACUUAACGAGGUUUACGCGGCGAUGAAAGCGGAUGGUUUUGAACCCGACGUUGUCACCUACGGCAUCAUCAUCAAUGCACAUUGCAAGGCAAGAAAGUACGAAGAUGCCAUUAGACUCUUCCAAGAAAUGGAAGAGAAGAAUUGCAAACCAAGUCCCCACAUUUUCUGCAGUCUGAUCAACGGGCUUGGAUCUGAGGCAAGACUGACUCAGGCCCUCGAAUUUUUUGAAAGAUACAAGAGUUCUGGGUUUCCUCUUGAGGUGCCCACUUACAAUGCUGUAGUUGGAGCUUACUGUUGGUCGCAACGUAUACAAGAUGCAUUUAACGUAGUGAAAGAGAUGCGGGCAGAAGGGAUUGGCCCCAACUCGAGGACUUAUGAUAUAAUCCUUCACCAUCUUAUACGGAUGCGAUGUACAAAAGAAGCCUACAAUGUUUUCAAGAGGAUGAAUUGUGAACCAGCCGUGAGUACUUACGAGAUCAUGGUGAGGAUGUUCUGCAAGAACGAGCGAGUGGAUAUGGCGAUGAAGAUUUGGGAUGAGAUGAAGGGAAAGGGUGUUCUGCCAGGUAUGCACAUGUUCUCCACGUUAAUCGCAGCAUUGUGCCAUGAGAACAAAUUAGAUGAGGCGUGCGCGUAUUUUCAUGAGAUGUUGGAUGUGGGUAUUCGGCCUCCGGCACAGAUGUUUAGCCGUCUCAAGCAAGCACUUCUCGAUGAUGGCCGAGGAGACACUGUCGCGGAUUUGGCCAUGAAGAUGGAUAGGCUGAGAAAAAGCCCUUGUGUUGUGUCGAGAUGAUUAUUUCCUGCAUAAUGGUUUUGUCGCGUUCGUGUGUCCGGACGGAAACCACGUAAAAGUUUUCAUGCAACCCCAUUACCUGCAAAAUUUUGUCCAGGCUACUUUCAUUGCUCUUACUCCAGAGAAAGUCAAA